AUGAAGUUCCCCGUGUGCACUGGCUUUUUCUCCGCUGAUGGGAACGAGCUAAUUUGCACCUACCUUUCUACACCUCUAAUUGAAUACGAUGUCUUGACGCAUUCUUACGUCAGCGUUGUUAAUGACGACGUUGGUCAGGUAAACGGGGCGCAAUGGCUGCCAGGCGGCAACCUGUGCACAAUUCAAGCGAGCGGGAACGUCUCCAUUUGGUGA